CAGGGCGGGGUUUAGGGGCGGGGGGGGGUGACUUGGACGACGCAGCCACCGGCUGUUGGCACCGAGCAGGAGUCGGAGCCAUCCGGUGCCAACAGCCGGUGUGAGAUCGCGGCUCUGCCCUGAUAACGCUUAUCAGAGCGCCCAGCUGGGUGGCGGCCGCCGGGGCUUUGCCCCCUCCCCUCUCCGGGACAACCGGGACCGGCACCGGGACAGCGCUGCCCGGUGAGACCCGAACGCGUGGCCACUUUAAGCCCCCAAGUACUGCGACCGCUGUUGCCCCUUUAAGCCCGGGCUGGUGGGGCCCACUCUCCGGAGAGGCCACGCCCACGCGGCCCCGCUAAGGUAAACAGAGGGGGCGUGACCGGGGGGGUUCACCCCUUGAGACCACGCCCCUCGCCCCCCUCUUAAAGCGGCAGCGCCGCGGGGACGUCGCGGGACCGGAACCGUUACGCAGGAACUGCCGCGAUGCUGCUGCUCCGGGCCGUCGUGGGGCGCAGGCUCCCGCCGCUGACGCAGCUCCGCCGCGGCUCCUCCCGGUUCACCGCGGGUGGCGCGGCCGCGGGGGGACAGCGGGGGGCGGCCCCGGUGCUGGCGGCGCUGCUGGGGCUCGGGGCCGUCCUCGCCUACGGAGAACGGCGGCGAAGGAGCGCCCAGGCGGCCAAGGCCACCCCGGCCCCCCGGUACCCCGUGUACACACGGGAGGAGGUGCGGCGGCACCGCAGCCCCGGGGACCGGGUGUGGGUGACCCACGGCACCGAGGUCUUCGACGUCACCGACUUCGUGGAGCUGCACCCAGGGGGGGCCGACAAGGUGCUGCUGGCGGCCGGGGGGGCCCUGGAGCCCUUCUGGGCCCUCUAUGCCGUGCACAGCCAGCCCCACGUGCUGGAGCUGCUGCGGGAGUACAAGGUGGGCGAGCUGAGCCCCGAGGAGGCCCCGCCGAGCCCCGACGCUGCCCAGGACCCCUUCGCCGGGGACCCCCCCCGGCACCCGGGGCUGCGCGUCAACAGCCUGAAGCCGUUCAACGCGGAGCCGCCGGCGGAGCUCCUGGCCGAGCGCUUCCUGACGCCCAACGAGCUCUUCUUCACCCGCAACCACCUGCCCGUGCCCGCCGUGGACCCCGGCUCGUACCGGCUGCGGGUGGAGGGCCCAGGGGGCCGCGCGCUGUCGCUGUCGCUGCCAGAGCUGCGGAGCCGCUUCCCGAAACAUGAGGUGACGGCCACGCUGCAGUGCGCCGGGAACCGCCGCGCCGAGAUGAGCCGCGUGCGCCCCGUCAAGGGGCUGCCCUGGGACAUCGGGGCCAUCAGCACCGCGCGCUGGGGCGGCGCCCGCCUGCGGGACGUGCUGCUCCAUGCCGGCUUCGGCGAGCGCCGCGAUGGCGAGUGGCAUGUCUGCUUCGAGGGGCUGGAUGAGGAUGUGGGGGGGGCUCCCUACGGGGCCUCCAUCCCCUACGGACGCGCCCUCAGCCCCGAGGCCGACGUGCUCCUGGCCUACGAGAUGAACGGCGAGGAGCUGCCGCGCGACCACGGCUUCCCCGUGCGCGUGGUGGUGCCCGGCGUGGUGGGCGCCCGCAGCGUCAAGUGGCUGCGGCGCGUGGCUGUGAGCCCGGCCGAGAGCCCCAGCCACUGGCAGCAGAACGACUACAAGGGCUUCUGCCCGUCGGUGGACUGGGACACGGUGGAUUUCCGCACGGCGCCGGCCAUCCAGGAGCUGCCGGUGCAGUCGGCCAUCACGCAGCCGCGGCCGGGCGCGGCGGUGCCGCCGGGCGAGCUGGCGGUCAAGGGCUACGCGUGGAGCGGGGGCGGGCGCCAGGUGGUGCGGGUGGACGUGUCGCUGGACGGCGGGCGCACAUGGCGGGCGGCCGAGCUGGCGGGAGAGCGGCCGGCGCCGGGCCGGGCCUGGGCCUGGGUGCUGUGGGAGCUGCGGGCGCCCGUGGCGGCGGGCGCGGAGCUGGAGAUCGUGUGCAAGGCGGUGGACGCCAGCUACAACGUGCAGCCCGACACCGUGGCGCCCAUCUGGAACCUGCGCGGGGUCCUGAGCAACGCCUGGCACCGCGUCCGUGUCAGCGUCACCCGCUGAGCGCCGGGCACGGCCCCGGCGCGCGGAACGCGUGGCUCGAAGGUCGUCGGCUUUUAUGGCCCCCGACGUGUGAAAGCGGCUCCAUAAAGAUUUGGGCAGUUUUA